CAAAACGAACCAAGCCUUCAUUGGCUCCCUCUCCCUUCUCACUUCACACUCUCUACUUCACUAGACACUAGCUCUGACUCCAGUCGCUGUUCGGACUCUCUCACACCAACUCCCUUGAGGGGAAAAAAAAAUGGAAAUCUAGGGUUUCGAUUGCGAUGGGAUGCUUACAAUCCAAAACCAGCAACGUCCAUGCCCCCGACAUGGAAUCUGCCGAAGACAACAAGCCAGAUCCACAGAAUGGCGAGGUCUUGGAUCAGGAUCAAGUGCCGGCGUUCAAGGAGUUCGGGUUAUCGGAGCUCCGAUUAGCGGCUAAAGGGUUCAGCUCGGAGUUGAUCGUUUCCGAGAGUGGGGAAAAGGCACCUAAUGUUGUUUAUAAAGGGAAGCUUGAUGGAGGGAGGAUCGUUGCGAUUAAGAGGUUCUCAAGGCAGUCUUGGCCUGAUGCUCAGCAGUUUGCGACGGAGGCAGAAAGGGUGGGAAAGGUACGGCACAAGAGACUGGUGAACUUGAUUGGUUACUGUGCUGAGGGUGAUGAGAGGCUUCUUGUGGCGGAAUACAUGCCAAAUGAUACCCUAUCAAAGCAUCUGUUCCACUGGGACAAACAACCUUUACCAUGGGAAAUGCGAGUAAGAGUUGCAUACUACAUAGCACAAGCACUGGAUCAUUGUAAUCUUGAAAAUCGCAAAAUUUACCAUGACUUGAAUGCUUACAGGGUUCUUUUUGAUGAGGAUGGUGAUCCUCGUCUAUCAAGCUUUGGUCUUAUGAAAAAUAGCCGGGAUGGAAAAAGUUAUAGCACUAACCUGGCCUACACACCACCAGAGUUCUUGCGGACAGGCAGGGUCAUCCCCGAGAGUGUAAUUUAUAGUUAUGGAACAGUUCUUUUGGAUCUUCUAAGUGGGAAACAUAUCCCUCCAAGUCAUGCAUUAGAUUUGAUUAGAGGGAAGAACAUAUUGCUUUUGAUGGAUUCUUCCUUGGAAGGACAAUAUGCAAAUGAGGAUGCUUCUAAGUUGAUUGACCUUGCUUCGAAAUGUCUACAGUUUGAGGCUAGAGAUCGUCCAAACUCUAAAUUUCUUCUAUCCUCUGUGGAACCUCUCCAAACACAGAAAGAGGUGGCAUCACAUGUUCUAAUGGGCCUGUCCAAAACUCCUGCAGUUCUACCAACUAUGCUCUCUCCACUUGGAAAGGCUUGUGCAAGGAUGGACCUUACUGCAGUGCAUGACAUAUUGCUUAAGACUGGUUACAAAGAUGAGGAAGGUGCAGAAAAUGAGGAAAAAACGGCACCUUAUGCAGUUGAGGACGUAAUUGAUGAAGGGCCGAAAGGAGAUGAUUUGGAUGAGGUGGAUAACACCGAUGAUUUUGAGGCUUCCUCUGAAGAAGAGUUGGAUGCUAACCUUUCAUUUCAAGAAUGGACACAACAAGUGCAAGAGAUGUUGACUACAAAGAAGUUAGGUGAUACUGCAUUCAGAGACAAGGAUUUCAAAACUGCUAUUGACUGCUACAGUAAGUUGGUGAGCUUGAUGUCUGUUCCUUCUGCGACUGUUUUUGCACGCCGUGGCCUAUCAUACUUGAUGAACGGACAACCUGAGCUUGCUCUCCGGGAUGCAAUGCAAGCCCAAGUUUGUAUGCCCGAAUGGCCGACUGCUUUCUACUUGCAAGCUCUUGCUCUCUCAAAACUCGGAAUGGAGACAGAUGCUCAAGACAUGCUUAAUGAUGGAGCUGCCUUCGAAGCUAAGAAGCAGAAUGGUUGGCGAAGCUAGUUUCAUCCAUUGAUCCAUUUGAAAGAUUUAUAUCAGAAACGCCAUGUCGGUUAAAAUUGCACUGGGAGAAAAAAAAAAAGCUAGAUUUGUAUAAUCUGGAGAGGCUUGGAGCUGCUGCCUCCAAAUGCAAGUGAGUGGGAGGGGCAGCAAAUGAAGCAUUGUAUAGAAUGUUGAGGGCAGAGGUGAGAUACAUUUGGACGUUUCUCGAGCAUCUGUGCAUUUUAGGGUUUUAGGUUGGGGUUUAUAUUUGUGUUUCUAUGUUGGCCUUGUACUCUUUAGUUUGGGGGACUUUUGGACGGUGGGGGAUGGAAUGUGAAUGUCUUUAGGACUGUAAGGAGUAAGCAUGUUAUCUAUCUUAAAUAUUUAUUUAGUGAAAGAAACGUCUGUCAUGAGCUACAAUUUAUCAUGCGGAAAACCUUACUAAUAAGCCCUGCUAUAUUAUGCAUUAUUUUUAAUUUUGCAUCGAGGCAUUCAGAGUCAAUUGGUGGACUGUUGUAGAAUAGGCGAAUAUCUAAAUGUUAAGCAGUGUUCUUCGAUU